UGACGAGCACCGGGAAAGUCGGAAACGGAACGGGACCGGUAUGAAACGUCCUUACAGUUCAUCACUUCUGCCAAACCCCGAGCUUGACAGGAGGGUAUUGGGCCUCGGGCUGGGGGUCCAGAUGGACGACGAGCUUUGCUGCAACACCCAGGACGAGGAUGCAGUACUAGACGAGGAGUCACCAGGGGGCACUCUGCCUUCUGGACUGUGCAGACCCAAAAGGGAGCGAAAGCAGCGGAGUUAUACAUUGUGUGAGGUCUGCAACAUCCAACUCAACUCAGCCGCACAGGCCCAGAUCCACUACGAUGGCAAAUCCCACCAGAAGAGACUCAAGCAGAUCAGCAACGGCAAGAUGCCAAGUAGCACAGGUACGUCGGCACAGGGCAGCCCCCUACUGGCCUCCCUGCCCGUCCCAGGGCGGCCUCUGCAGCCGCAGCUUGACCUCAAACAUCUCCUGCCCUUCAGACUCAACGGAUCCUCUCCCCUCAGCCUCUUUCCUAACUUCAACACAAUGGACCCUGUCCAGAAGGCAGUGAUCAACCACACAUUCGGUGUCCCUCAGCCCCUCAAGAAGAAACAGAUUAUCUCCUGCAACAUUUGCCACCUGCGCUUUAACUCAACGAACCAAGCAGAGGCCCAUUAUAAGGGCCACAAACACGCCCGAAAGCUCAAAGCCAUGGAGGCCCAGAAGAACAGGCAGCGACGAGCUGGGGAGGCCUCAUCCACAGGAAGGGACAAAGACCGAGACAGAGAUCGGGAACGAGAUCGUGACAGAAGCAAGACAUCCACAUCGGAAGCUCUUCCCACGCUCAUGGAUACGAGCUUAAUUGAGGGAUCAAGUCUUCAGUCUGACCAAGAACCAGCCAAUCUGGAGGAAAAGCUUGACGAGUCGAGGAUUUCAGUAAUGCUAACGGCAGUAUCCGAGGUUUCCUCCAUGGAAUUGGUCACCCUUUCCACUCCUCAGAUUUCGCCUUCCUCACAGCUCUCAGAGACCGCCUCGGACACCAGCACCCCUGAAGUCCCAGAGGCCAUCGAUGCUGAGGGCCCAAUCACUGAGGCAGGCAGCCCUGUGGACGCAUCCAGCAUAAAGGAGGAGCCACAAACAGAUGAGGACCCCGAGUCAAAAAAGAGCAAGGCUCACCUUCAUUGUCCUGUCUGUAAAGUCACAGUCAACUCCACCUCCCAACUGGAUGCACAUAACAGCGGUACAAAGCACAAACUGAUGCUGGAAGGUCACAGUGUUCUGCCGCGGCGCAGGGGGAAGGUGGUGGCAGCUCGAUCGGGCUGCAAGAGCAAGAGGCUGGCUAGCAAAGGCAGCGUCGGUGUGCCCAGCAAGAACUUUCAGUGUGAAGUGUGUGAGAUCUUUGUGAACUCAGAGACCCAGCUUAGCCAACACAUGAAUAGCAGAAGGCACAAGGAUAGGCUGGCCGGAAAACCACCCAAACCCAAAUUUACCCCCCACACCAAGACCCAGCCAAGCACCAGCUUAGCGAACGUGAGAUGGAGUGGCUAUGCAGGCGUGGCUGUGUCUGCCAUGAAGAAAGCGUUCAGCCAGUACAAUCUCACCUCCCUCUCCGCACAGACCAAACUGGCCUUGCAGAAGCAGCUGACCAAGAGCUUGACAACUGGCUUCCUGCCUAGCCCCCUCACCCAGCCGACCCUGUGCACAAUGGCUAACCCACUAGCUCUACGCCACCCAAUGGGCACCACCUUCAUCCAGACACCCUUCCUGGGCCCUGCACUGUUUCGGCCUGCCCCGGGGCCGCUGCGGGCCACACACACACCCAUCAUCUUCUCCCCCUACUGAAGACUUAAUGCCCAUCCCAUCUGAGCUCCACCCUUGUCCCUUUAUCAAACCCCAGGCCCUCCUUUAGUGUGUCCCACAAGACAAGGCCACACGCAAACUAUGCAGCCCGUCUGACUUAUAAUUGAGAGAGAGAGCACAAGUCCUGAUGCUCAGUAGGCACUUAUAGGCCUGAGAGCUGUUCCUAUCAUAAAGGCCAAGAUCCCCCAUCAUGCCUUCUUUCUGCUCCUCUUAUAAUGACCAAAGGAGCAGGACAGGCCUCGAGACAGUGACUGAUGCACAGAGGCUGCUUUUAUAGCCAUUUCAUGGGUCAUCAUGGUUUGGAUUAUGGAUAUUAUUGUGUAAUUUAUUAGAAAACAAAUAUAGACAAGUGUAGAUGUAUGUUUAGUGUGGUUGCCACAAAAUAAGGUCCCUUUACUUGAUGCUCUUUUAAAAGGUUUUUAACUUAUUGGUUUGGCGGUUCAAUGAAGUUGGAGGAUCAUAAGUCAUUAAAGCAGCUGAACCAGAGGCAUCGUCCUCAAUGGACAGUAGGGUGGCAUUGAUCAGUGUUUUCAUGUUACAAGCUUAAAGGAUCAUCAUGUCUCUGAUAUGGUAAUUAUCUAACAGUCCACACUGUGGGUGGUAUGUGAAGCUAUAACUGUAUGUUCAUAUAUUUAAAACCCCACCACCAUUUAGCACCUCCAGCUGUUUUCUCAAGCCCUUAACUUUUCUUUCUGAGUCACAGACACAGUCAUAUCUCUCCAGACUUUCUUUUUCUUCCUGUAUCCUCAGGAUUAAGCUCUCAUUAAGAUCAAGAAAAGGUCAGCUUGUCAAGUUGACUUUAUUUCAAUUUGCAAGUCUGUCUUUGAAAUUAUUUUGUUCAGUGCGUCAUUUAUGUAAUGCAGCGUCAACACCAUGUUCCCGCCAAGCGAGCUGCACGAAAACAUGUAUGAAGCUGUGGAUGUCUUACAUUGAAAAAUGCCAUUAUUUCUCCUUGUGAACGCUCUUUUCCUUUAUCCUUCCCCCAGCUUUCACCUCGUCAUUGCCCUUGAUUUUCGUGUGGCGUGAUCUCGAUGAUAAAGAGCAGUGAAAGCCUCUCGUACUACGCGCACAUGCAAAAUCACACAUGAUAAAAACACAAUGGAUAAUUGAAAGACUUGAUUUCAGUGUUCGGCGGAAAG